GGGACGGCGAGCAGGUCGCAGCACGGGCUGGCCAGACGUCAGCCACACAGAGAGACCGCCAGUGCCUAUGCGUUACACAGGAGAAGCAGAAGUGGUUUAUCGUUUUCGUUUGUUCCUUGUCUGCAAUGUCUUUUCGCCAUCGCCGCCCUUAGUCUUUCUGACCUCCUCAACAGCCUCUCUCUCUCUUUCAGUUGUCCGCCUUCUCCUCUUCUUCCCCUCUGUCUUUAUGAUGGGUUAGCAGGUUAUCUACAAGCGACACGUUUCAGCGGCUCGUCGCGAAGGCUGUUCCGCCGCAGCAGAGGGAGUGAGCAGAAGAGAGGGCGUGAACGUGCCAUGAGCGUCAAUAUGAAGCAAGGGCUUCAUCAGAACCACACGGCCAUCUAUGCAAUGCCAACGUAAGACGACAGUGUCCUAGUCCGAUUGCCUUGAAGAGAGAGUAAAGAGCCGACGAGUUGGAGGGGGUUGGGGAGUGGAAGAAAGAAGGGAGAGGAGUUGCGCCGGUCGUUUCUCACACGCGUGACGGUCUCAUAUACGCUCGAUUAUUAUCGAAGGCAUCGCGCGUGUGAAGCGGGGGGGUUGGUUGAUGCUGGUGGUCGAAAUUCAUCGUUCAUGUUGGUUGAGACGUACCCAGUGACAGAGCGGCAUAGCCCGAGAGAAAUUUGUCUCCGAGACAGUGACCGUGUCGUUUACGGUAGGCGGAAAUUGGACAGAGACGGGUGACUGAGCAUCUUAAGUUGGACAGGGCAGAAGAAGGUGCUGACAGGUGAGGUUGAGAGGCGUCAGGAAAAGGAGAGGGAGAGUAGACGUGGAGUGCGAAAGCAGCGGAAGGGCCCGUCAAUAGCGAUAGUAGGGAGAGGGAGAGGAGGAAGAGGGCGAGUGAUCACCCGCGUGGGGUGGUUUUUGGUUCGUCCCUGGCGGCGGGAGGGGGGUGUUGUUUGUUGGGGGGGUGUUUUUUUUUUUUUUUUAUUUGUUCUUAUUGGUUUAUCGUUUCCUGGCGGCAAGAUGGCUGUGCAUUUCAAGUUCAAAAGUGCUCGUGACUACGACUCUGUUGACAUCGAUGGACCGUUCAUUUCUGUCGCGAGUCUGAAAGAAAGAAUCAUCGAAUUCAAGAAACUGGGAACGGCGGCGGAGAUCGAUCUUGUCAUCACGAACGCGCAGUCGGGAGAAGGUCUGCUUCCUAAAUUCGAUGUUCUGGCGUGCUUUUAUUUUGCCGGAACAAUUGUUGUUGUUUGUUGUUGUAGCAGUAGGAUUUUACAGUGCGCGAGGAAAGUGGUGGGUGAUAUUUAUGUGGAAUUUGGAUUCGUAGAAGAGGAGUGGGAGGAAGAAGCGAAGACGGAGGAGGAGAAGUUUGCGGGAAGGAGUGGAUGUUUGCCUGAUGAGGCGGGAGAGACUGCAUCGCAAAUUUCCGCGAGCAGUGGCUCUUCGAUAUUUCUUGGCGCCUCUUUUUCUGCGUUUGGCCUCAGGACUUUCCUGUCUCCCCGGGCACUCCUUGAUGAGUCGUUUUUGGUGCCGAAGAAUACUUCCGUGAUUGUUCGAAGGGUGCCUUCUGCAAGACCAAAGCCCACUUUGCAAGUCAAGGAAGAGGCGCCGACGAAACAAGUAGCAGCAGGAAACGAGCGACAGUUUGGGGGAAAGUUGUUGCAACCGCCACGAGCAGGGGACGCUUCAGGAGGCAGAUUCGGCAGAGGCAUCAUUCAUGAUGUGCCGGAUGGGCCAGAUGAUUUUGGCAGCGACUUCUACGAAACACCCGAUCUCCAUAUUCCACCACCACCAAGGGCGGACGCAGAGGAGUAUAGCCGUAUCCAGGCGAUGGUGAAUUCUACAGCCUCCGAGUGGCAGAGGCAAACGUAUGAAGGAUUUCAUGGAGGUGGACGGGGGUUUAAUCGGGGUGGAUAUGGCGGCCGCGGAAAUUUUGGGGGCGGAUUCGGGCGGGGGGGCUUCGGCGGCCGAGGGUUUGUUCCUCGUGGCAAUCCUCCUCCGGGUUAUGUCUGUCACCGAUGUGGGCAGCCAGGACAUUUCAUCCAGCUGUGUCCAACCAAUGGAGAUCCUGCAUUUGAUAUGAAAAGGGUCAAAAUUCCUGUUGGAAUACCAAAGACGAUGCUGGUGGCGAACCAGGACGGUUCCUACCUCCUUCCAUCUGGAGAAGUCGCGGUCAUGCAGCCUAAUGAGUCUGUGUUUGAAAAGGAGGCAGACGCCUUGUUGUCUGCCAAGGCUGCCUCGCUUGAACCGCCACCAGAUAUGCGCUGCCCCAUCUGCAAGGGGAUCUUUAAGGAUGCAGUGAUGAUCCCGUGCUGCCAGAUCAGCUUCUGUGACAGAUGCAUUCGUCAAGAGUUGAUGGCGAAGGGAAAAUGCCCUCAGUGCUCGAGGACGAACAUCAUGAAUGAUGAUUUGCUCCCAAAUUUGUCGCUAAGGAAGGCGGUUGAUCGAUUUGUGGAGUCGCACAUCACGAGCAGUGCUGAGGAAACAACGCCAACGCGGCGGAAUAAUGAUGCAGGGAUGACAAGGAAGGCAUCAUCAGGCACAGGAUCUCGAUCUGGAGAGGGACGAAUAGAACUACUGCCUGUGUCUGAUGCAGCGGAGAGCAUGCUCAAGGAUGAAGUAGGGGAGACAGCAAAAGGCGGUUCUGCAUCGCCUCUUGCUGCUGCGCCUGCAGUGAAGAAAGAACCAUUGGAAAAUGGUAUUUCACUAGCGUCAUUAACGAGAAAGCCAGUGGUUGCAGCCUCGGGGGCAGCGGAUGCAAAGAAAAGUGAUGUCGUUAUGGGUGAUGCUGCAAGCCAGGAGAAGAGCGCAGGUGGCCCCAAGAGCGAACCUCCGGCUGCAGGUGAUGGGAAAUCUGGUACUGCAGGAGGAAAGACUGCUUCUGGAGAUGAGACAGCGGAUGGAGCAGGUGCUGACAAUGCAGCAGCAAAAGCCAAAAAGAAGAAGUUGAAACGGGUGCAGCGAGCUGCUUCUGAUGGGACACCUGCACCUGGUGAUGCAAUGCCUGGUCCACCAAGCAACAACAUUCCUAUGCAGAAGGGGAGGGCGCCAAUGCUGUCAGCGAGGGGGGAAAGACUAUGCUACACAUGUCAUGCUCCAGACCAUUUUAUGAGAGACUGCCCGGAAAAUGUGGGUCUUGGAGGCCAUGGACCAGUUGGAGGGCAUAUACCCCUUCAUGUUGGACACACAUCAAUGCACUCGGCUUCCUUUCAGCCGUCGCAGCAGCAAUUGCAGCCAUCAAUGCUUGGUCCAGGUGGUCCUCUUUAUCCAGGCUUACUUCCUCCUUUUGGAGGAAUUGGUGACGGCGGCGGCUUUUUCCCUGGUCCAGCUACUGCCGCCGCUGUGCUGCAGCAACAAGGUCCACACCCAAAUGUCGGAUAUGGCACAGUUUUUGGACCAACAGUACCCUCAGGGGCGCCUUUCGAUCGUGUUAUGCAGAAUGGGCCAUUUGUUCAACAGGCUCCAUUUGCUCCGAUAACUGCUCCUUUUCAUGGUGGUGUCCCCUUGCCACACAGUGGCAGCGGUGAUUACGGCGCAAGCGCUGGUCCUGUGGGAAUGAUGAGACCUGUAGAUGCACCGUUGAGCCGCGAGGAGUUUCUGCAGCUGCAAGAAGAGGAGCGUAGGAGAAGAGCCAUGCAAGCAAGGGGAAGGGAAUCAAUGGCUGAGCGCCCUCUGGAAAGAUCCUUUGCACGGGAGGAGCCCAAUUUCAUUCCAAACGACGAUCCAUUUGAUAUGUUCAUGAAGGCUAAGCGAAGGGCUCCAUCACCCGACUUGCGGAGGCGAGAUCAAGACUAUGGAGAAUAUCGACGGCGAGAGGAGUCUCCUCUUCAUGCGAGGCCUGAGUCUCCGAGCUUUUACAGGAGGAGAGAGAAUACCUCGCCCGACUUCAGGCGAGUGGAGGACCCUCUCGACAUGCGAUAUGAAAGGGUGAGAAGAUCGCCAGAGAGGGCAGUCAACGAGUAUCCUCCUCCUAGCAGGUUGGGUGUGAGCCAGGUGCGUGACUAUGCUGUAAUUGCUGCAUACGAUAGAGAGGAGACACGGGAACCUCGGACUCAGCAACGGUGCCCCGAUGAAACAGCUUCCGGAAGUGCAAAUGGUGUCAUUGCGAGUCGUGCUGCGAGAGUCCGCCACAUCGACAGCCUUGUUGAUCCAUAUGGACCUACAUUGUCUGAUGCGUUUAGAGGACGGGUGACAGGUCGGUAUGCGGAAGAAGAUUCAGUGCGGGAACUGUUUGCUUCCACAGACGAAGCCAAGUACCAGAGGGCUAGACGGGAUGCGGUCUCCAAGGUUCAAGACUACUACUCUGCUGCUAAGGAGAGUGAAGCGCGUCCUUGGCGAAGUCAAGGUGAAGAAUUUAAAGACAGAUCGCGGGGUGUCGGAGGUGUCGACCGAGGCGUGGGAGGUGUUGACCGAGGCGUGGGAGGUGGUGACCGAGCCGUGGGAGGUGUUGACCGAGUUGUGGGAGGUGUGGACCGAGUGGUCGGAGCUGUGGAUCGAGCUGUUGGUGGUGCGGACCGAGGUGUCGACCGUGGUGUGGACCGCGGUGUCGACCGUGGUGUGGACCGCGGUGUCGACCGUGGUGUGGACCGCGGUGUAGACCGAGGUGUGGACCGCGGUGUAGACCGAGGUGUGGACCGCGGUGUAGACCGAGGUGUGGACCGCGGUGUGGACCGCGGUGUGGACCGAGGUGUGGACCGAGGUGUGGACCGUGGUGUUGACCGAAGUGUUGACCGUGGUGUUGACCGUGGUGUUGACCGUGGUGUCGACCAGGGUGUUGACAGUAGGAUGGACUAUGAUGUCCGAAGUGUUGAUAGGGAUAGGAAGUUCCCCUUGAGGAUGCAUGACGAUCCGUACAGCAGCAAAGAUGACCUGAAGACAUCUCAUGUUAGGCACAGUGGUGCUCAUCUGGAUUCGAGGAACGAAAGCAGCAGAAUGCGGAAUGAGGAGGAUCUGUAUACUUCGAGAGGGGCCCGUGACACUGUGAUCACAGACGGAGAGAAUGCAAGGCAACAAUUAAGGCAGCGACGGCAUUAUGCAAGCGAUGCUGACACUGAUGUUGGUCGCCGACAUAGUGAUCUGAGCACUGGAGUUGGUGGAACAAGGGAGAUGGGAUGGGAUGGAAACCGUCUGCGCUCGGAUGCUUACGAAAGCCGAGAUCGUGAUCGGGAUCGUGAAAGGGAUGAUGAUGAUGAGAGAUAUGAUGCGGACAAGCGAAAGAAACAUCAUCAUCAGAGUUCCAGGGACGUAUACGAUCGUGACGUCAAAACGGGCAUUAGCUCGGAGGAGCUUGAGAACGAGGCGAAAAGGAGAAAGAAGCAGUCGAGCAGGUAUGACGUGACAGACAAGCGAAAGAAGCAUCACCAUCAGCAUCAGAGCUCACGGGACUUGUAUGACCGCGACGUAAAGGGUGGCGGAAGCUCCGACGAGCUCGAUAGUGAGUCCAAGAGGCGAAAAAAGCAGCAGCCUAGCACCUCCGGUGGCCGGCGGUAUAACAACAGCCAGUAUGAUGAUGACUGGGCUCUGCGUGGAGGCGAUGCCUAUGGUCGUGUGGAGAAAUCUUCCUUGCAUGAUGUGAGGCAGAGGGAUGAGGACACCUGGGCUCUGCGGAGGAGUAUUUAUAGAGAAACCAUCUCUUCUUAGAUUUUGUCUAUAGGGCAACAAUGCCGGUAGAACACAACAUCCCCAAUAUAGAGAUUCACAGUUUGCAGGCGGCAGACAUUAUUGGUAGCAUUUGAUGUUUCAUGAAGCUAGCAGAGUAGCAUUCGGCUGGUGGGCUCGCCUGCUUGUUGUGCAGCUUUCUCCUCUCCUCGCUCCCCUUUUUAGUUGGAAACUGGUAGCGCUUGCUCAGCUUCCGUUCUUUCUGAUGGAGCAACACAACUGUAUGUGAUUUUCAAGGUUAUUCUUUCUCCUUUUGAGGAGAAUCUGGAUCAGGCACCGAUGAACAUGAUCAACCCAACGAGGGUUCCUCCAGUUGUUUCAAGUUUCAACGCAUCUUUCUUUUCUCCCGACACCCCGCCGAGUGGUGGGAUCUGUUCCUGCAUUGCGAUCCAUUGUGAAUGGGAUUGUAAAUAACUUUGGAUGAACAGUGUACCGUGACUCGUCACGCAUUCCCUGCCGUCAUGUGUUUGGGGAAGUGCUUGCUACUGCAGCAUUCGGCGGUGCAGUCCUCAAACUGUCCCUUGGUGCACGGCUGAUCGAAUGUGAUGGGCAUGUAGUCUGCAGAUUAUCACUGGCCAUAAAUUAGGGGUUGAUUGUUUGGUACACACCUUGUGGAGUAAAUGAAAGUGGGCGCUUGGAUUUCUCACCCAUAGCUUGUCAAUCGAUUCGAACUUGCGGAGUGCAAAGCAAGCCGGUGUGACUAGUGCCUGGUACGUAGAGAUGGAGGUUCAGCUUUUUGUUGAAAAAAAAAAUUCAGGAGCACUGGCGAAGAUCGACAGAGAAGCUCACAGCGAUACAAACGGCUAGAUCAGGACCCCUCUUUUAAGUAGGGUGCGCAGGAUACGGGAACGUCUUGGGGCAGGCAGUACAGACUGGUGCGGAUUUUUGGUGAAACCAUGGCUUUAGCUGGUGGUACUGUUGUGCGAGAAUCAGUAUACAGAGCAAUUUUAUCCCCUUUCUUUUCUCCCUUUUUCCAAGGUUUUAAAGUUCUGUUGACAUUUGAACUGCAGACCCUGCUUUUUUUCUCGCUCUUACUGAGACGCCCCGUACGCAGAGACGAUUUCUCUUUUUUUGAAUAAAACCGAGUUUGUUUGUUUGGGUUCUUUCUGCGCGUUUUGAUGUAGUGACUGUUGAGGCUGUUGUCAAUCUGUGAGUGGAGUGGUGAUGAGGAGAAUUGUUGUUGGCACAGGAACACUUACGCUGUUGUCACGACAGCUUUAUUCUGGCAAGAGAGGGAGGGUAUCUACUAAAUGCUUUUCCAGCGGUCGAGCUUUCUGGUUUUGAACGAAGGGUCCACAGAAUUUAUCUUGUGGAACUCUUAUCGAUAGACACACUGGGAGAGUUUUCAUAACAUGGGCCUAAUCCGGCGAAGCAGUUGAGCUUUCUGGUUUUGAAGGAAGGGUCCACAGACGAAGGCAAGCUGUGGACCGUUGUUGGUCUGUCGUAACGGUCGGAGAAGUCAAACCUACCCUGCUACAGGUGCGCGAGUCAAUCUGUUAACCUUGGCCUUCACUCUGGUUCUAGUCAGCCAGGGGAGGAUGCACGCAGAUUUAUGUACAUUUCCGCAUCUUUUGUAAUGUAAAUGUGUAAGAAAUGGGCAUUGAGCACAUGUAUGUGCAUGCACUUUCUGCUCGAUUUGUGAUUGUCCCUCGCUCUCGUUUUCCGGGUUGUUGGGAGGUCACAAAAUUUCAGUUUUCCGAGUUUGGAUGGGACUCGGUGACGCUUUCAGACAGAUCCGGUGAUGUUUUGUGACACAUAAUUUCAUACUUGAGUAACUUCACCUUUGACGCACGGAGGAGUGUUGUGGUGCCGUAUGAUUACCGGCAACAUUGUACUCGGGUGCGAGACCCUGAUUUGAGAGUGGCGGAAAUGGUGAUGCAGUGAGCCUCUGUGUCGCCAGCAUAGAUAGCAUGGGGAAGCAACGUAGCCUGUAGCCUGUGGCACAUCUUUAUAUGCCUAACCAUUUGGUGCAGCUCCUGCGAAAAUAGGAUGCGGUGCUUCCGCAGGCGACAACUGGACCUUGUCUGGUCUGUGUGGGGAUGUCCACGUAACCUGUAGUAGCCACAGGGCAUUAGCUGCUGAACUCAGGUGUAUUUGCGACCCAAACACGUAUUUGCGACCCGAACACGGACUGGCUUCUUGUGCCAUCCCAUGGUAGUCUGCUCUGCCUGUGAGUACUCAGAGCCCUGUGAAGUUUGUCGUCCCUCUGUUAUGGUUCUUCUCCCCAUCUCCCUCCCCUCCCGUUUCCGCCUCCUUCCCCCUGCCUGUGCAGGGAUGCGGGUAGCCCUUUGAACUUCUCUAGAGGCAUACGAAAGUGCAUCACAGAGAAGCGAGACAAAAUACAGACUUCUACCCCUGUGCACUGUUUUUAUAAUGUGCAAUUUGGCCGGUAUGGCACACACGGAUGCGGGAAGCCUGCGCUCAAUGACAUCGGAGUGGUGCACGUGAGAGGAACAGGGGGAGCUACAAAGAACUGAAAGAGAAACCGCAAUUAAAGCCAAGGAAAGCAAUACAAGUGGGGCUCUCGCUUCUACCCCUGAUUUCUGAAUCUGUUCACAGUCUAUGCAAGGCGAACCCUCUGGUGCUGUAAAAUAAUACCAUACCCCUUUGGUGCUGUAACAUAACCCCCCUUUAUUUCUUCUUGACCCCCAGCUUUUUCCUCAGUGGAUCUGCUGAGUGGAGCCUGCAACCGUUUAGAAAAGAUCGGGGGUGGGGGGGAGCAGAACCCCUGGAUACGUGUCUUCUUAUUGCUUCAAAUCCUGUGAGCGACCGGUGUGGCCAUUUGCAAAGAAGUGUAUCGGUGGCUGGGGGAGAAUAGGGGAUUUCCCCCCCUUGCCUGGCGGAUGUUUAGCUGAGUCUGGAGAAGUAUUGCCAGCGUGAGAGAAAACGUUUUCAGAACCACUUAUUCUGUGGUCAUCAAUAACAAUUUGAAAAUUUUGCCUUCACCUCCAGAGUUGUGGGGUGAAGGCCAAAUUGGUUUUUUUCCGAACUAGUAAAAAUCCAUUUACGAA